AUGAAAAACCUAGAAAAGGAUGAAGACGAAGAAUUUGAGCCAAAAAGAGUUCUUUAUGAAAAAUUGAAUGACUGGGAAAAUUAUGACAGUGAAUCAAUUCUCGGCUUGAUAAAAACGGCGGAUUCCGGCUUUAUUUUUCCAUCAGGCCGCGCGGCAGUCCAUCUAGCGGCAAUUGAUCGAAGAGAGAAGGAACUUCGUUUGAUGCUUCGACAAAAUCCUGAUUUGGUCAACUUGAAAUCGUCUUCUGGAAUGAUCCCCUUGGCAUAUGCAUUUUCCUCCGAAGCGGUUUUAAUCGACAAAAAUUCUAAUGGGCCGAUUUCGAAGCUCCUUCUUUCUCUUGGAAGCCCCAACCCUUUUUUCUACGCCUUUUGCAUUUGCUCGUCUUGGGAACAAUUCGCCUCUUUGUGCGAAUUUAUUCAGAAGAAUUUGAAGAAAGAUUUAUCGCUGAGAAAAGUUCUGAAAGAAGACUUGUGGAUGAUGCUCAAAACUCAAAAUGAAAAUAGAUCUGACAAGGAGUCAUUUGAAAAAGCCGUGAUAACUAUCGUUGCAAUUUUCUCCGAGCUUGAAACCCUCGAUACACGUGAUCUUCUCAAAUCCUUCCUUUCCUACAUUUUCAAAAGCAAAACGCUCUUCCUCUCCACCAGCGAUUUCGAAAAGCUUAUGUCAAUGCUCCCCAUGCUCGCUGGUUAUGACAUGGAGCCGCAGAUGCUGCUGGCGAUGAAAUUUCUAAACCGACAAGUUGAUGAUAAUCUCAUCAAUUUGGACGAAAACGGAAGAAAAUUGAAAUUGCUGAAGGUGCUGGGGAAUUAUGAGAAGAUGGUGAAACUGGCUCAAAAUUUGGAUCUGGUCGAAUUUAAAAACCAAGCGAUGUGGAUUCUCAAUUAUCUUUUUCAUGUUCUGAGAGAUGAAGACACAAUCCUCCCGGAAGAAGUGAUCAACCAUUGCCUCAUCAUCACCAAUUGCCUUCUCCCUCCCGACUUUCGAAAACUCGUCAAAAAUGUCUUUUCCGUCGACAUUAUCGCCAACGAUGAAAAAUUAGAAAACAUGUUCAAAGUAAUUCCAAAAGGCGUAAUAAUCAAGGAGCUGAUUUUGCCGCUCAGACAGAAGUUCAAAUCUACAUUUCUUUUCCAGCGCUGGCCGAGUAUUUCUGACGCAUCAAAGUCGGAAAAGAGCGAAAUAAGCGCUGCUUCGAGUUCCCUCAGUCUGACCAGCUCUUUUUCAAUGAAUGAAGCACUGCAGAACGAUGUUACUUUCGACAUGUAA